CUCCAUACAUUUCCUUCGUAACUUGUAACUUUUCAUAAUUUUUUUUUGUAAUUUCGGUACAAAAGUCCAAAAAAAAAAAAAAAAGAAAUUUUUUCUAAACGCAAAAAUCAACAGGUCAAAUGACAUCACUGAAAUUAGCAUUUAGCGUGGUACGAUAACGAAAAGAAGCGAUAACAAUAGACGUGAUCGUCGACAGCGACGUUCAAGAGGCAAAGUUACCAAAUCGAAGAAAAAAAUGCCAGCAAAGCCGAGAAAUAAUUUCUCCAACUUCCAACGAGGCGGCGUGAAUGACACAAUUACACGGGAAACGGCAAAAGGCACGAGACCGACAGCGGAGGCGCCUUCCGUUUACGAAGUGCUGACACAAGUUGUACUCUAUGGCUGUAAAAAAAUCAUCUUUUUCGAUACAAACCUCAAAGUUGGUCUGUAUCUGGCAAGUUUGUUCCUCGUCUCUCUCAUCGGAGACUUUGUGCCUUUUCCGCGAACAUAUUUGUCACGCUCCGACAAUCUCUUCAACGUUUACUUUGUGAAAAUGGGCUGGGCAUGGACUCUGGCAAUGACAACGCCAUUUUUGUGUCUUUCAUCUUUCGUCAUUUGUUGCGGCGACCGAAAUCGUUUCAUCAAACACCAUUUAACGAGACUUUUUGUCGCUACGGCAUUUUGGUUCUUUUGGACAAAACUUUUCAACGUAAUCGAAUCGACGUACGGGCGUUGCAAUUACAAAGGUUACCACACAAAAGUCGCAUGUCUCAAAGCAGGCAACUUUUGGAAUGGCUUCGACAUUAGCGGACAUGCUUUCAUCUUGAUUUACUCGAGUUUGGUGCUCAUCGAAGAAGCUCGCCCCAUUAUCGGAUGGGAAAACAUCAAAAAUUACCUCCGUAACGAAGAGUACAACAGAACAGCGUCAAAUGUCUCGCAACUCCCGCUCAAAAAUUUAUCAGACCUCGAAUUCAAAAACCUCAAAAACUUGUAUGAGAAAUACACGCCGCUCAUUCGUUUGUGUUUCGUGGGAAUGACGAUGCUUCAACUUCUGUGGGACGUCAUGUUGGUCGGCACGAUGCUCUAUUACCACAAAAUGAUCGAAAAAUUCAUCAGCGGAGCUCUUGCGAUACUUUCGUGGUUCUUCACGUAUCGUUAUUGGUAUGCGAAUGCCAAUAUUUUACCUGAUGAACCGGGAAAAGGCCUUUUUUCGUAUCAAACGACAAAACCCGAAACACUUCCGUUGAAGCGCAAAACGAGCAUUGUGUACAAAAACACGCAGGGAAAUCCCGUUCCUAAAUUCAUGGGAAUGCCUCUUUAUGCCGCAGCUGGAGGACAAUCCUCAUCGAGCAACGGGGGAAAUAAUAAGGGAAAUAAUGGCGGGGAAAAUAACAAAAUGGCUUAGUUAGUACUAAACGACUCAAAUCAGUGCUUUUAAAGAUUUUGCUUUUAUAGAUAAUUAAUUUUUUUUUUGUAAAUUUCCGAAGUGACCAAAUCGAAGCUUUAAAAUUCUCUCUUUAUCGAAAAAAAUUACCAACGAACAAAUCCUCGAACCAUUUUUUGUCAAUAAUUUGAAUAAAUAGUUAGAAUUUAAUUUAUUUGUUGUGAUGGAUGGGAAUGUUAUCAAUAAUAAAAAAAAUAUUGAAUUUUUAAA